CAUUUUUUUUCUCUCUCUUUGUAGACAGACAGCGAACGCCACCCCAGAGCCGCACACAGCCAUGAGUAUUGAGAUCCCGGUGGGGUUGACGGAGCUGCUGCAGGGCUACACUGUGGAGGUGCUGCGACAACGGCCGUCGGACCUGGUGGAUUUUGCAGUACAGUACUUCACCCGUUUGCGGGACACCAGAAGUCAGGAUGGUGCCGGCGCGAAGAAAGGAGUGAUGUUCGACGGGGAGCCGAUGCAGACAGAGUCCAACGGAGAAGAUGACGAGGAUGACGAUUCUGACUUUGAGCCUCCUCCACCCAGCAGAUUCAACAGGAGAGUGUCAGUGUGUGCGGAGGCGUUCAACCCAGACGAGGACGACGAGGACACCGAGCCCAGAGUGGUCCACCCCAAAACAGACGAACAGCGCUGCAGACUGCAGGAGGCCUGUAGAGACAUCCUACUGUUCAAGACACUAGACCAGGAGCAGUUCUCGGAGGUGCUGGACGCCAUGUUUGAGUUGAGGGUCCAACCCCAGGAGCACGUCAUCGACCAGGGCGACGAUGGAGACAACUUCUACGUCAUCGAGCGGGGUGUGUACGACAUCGUGGUAUCAGGAACAUGCGUGGGUCAGUACAACAAUAAGGGCAGCUUUGGAGAGCUGGCACUCAUGUACAACACACCACGAGCAGCCACCAUCAUCGCCACCCAGGAGGGGGCGCUAUGGGGACUGGAUCGCGCCACUUUUCGUAGACUCAUUGUGAAGAACAACGCCAAGAAAAGGAAGAUGUAUGAGACGUUCAUCGAGUCUGUUCCUCUGCUCAAAUCACUGGAGGCGACAGAAAGGAUGAAGAUCGUGGACGUAUUAGGAAUGAAACAGUUCACUGACACUGAACGCAUCAUCACACAGGGAGACAAGGCCGACUGCUUCUACAUCGUAGAAUCUGGAGAAGUCAAGAUUAUGAUGAAGAGUAAAACGAAGGCGGACCAUGCAGAUAAUGCAGAGGUGGAGCUAACGCGCUGUAGCAGAGGUCAGUACUUUGGAGAACUGGCUCUGGUCACCAACAAACCCAGAGCAGCCUCAGCCUACGCAGUGGGAGACGUCAAGUGUUUGGUAAUAGACGUGCAGGCGUUCGAGCGCCUCCUGGGCUCCUGUAAGGAGAUCAUGAAGAGGAACAUCGCCCACUAUGAGGAGCAGCUGGUGGCCCUGUUCGGCUCCAGUAUGGACCUGAGAGACUGAGCCUCCCACACCACCCUCUGUGCCUUCUACUACACACACACACACACACACACACACACACACACACACACACACAUCCUGUCUCCCAUCAUGCAGUGGUUUCACACACAUAAUAAGCUUUACACACAGAGCUCACAUUCACAUACAUGAACACACACUCUGACACAUAUGUAGACACUGCAUAUACCAGCACCACACACACACACACACACACACACACACACCUUGUUGCUUGAGCCAGCGUUGAACCUGUCAGUAUGAAUGUCUUUACUUCUGUCGCUGUAGGAGACGCACCUGAGGGUGUAUUUAAACUGCACAUAAAGGUGGAUUUUACUGUUUCAUCUAUAACUAGAAAAGCACUCGGAGAGCGCAGACCUCCGCCAAGGCAGAUCAGUCCCCCCCCCCCCCCCCCAGAUCACCACCAAAAUUUAAUCAUUUGUUCCUUGUACCAG